AUGAUUACGUGAAGAGCGAAAUCUGGCUCAACAGAGAAACAGCUGAGGAAGAGAAGUACCAAGUGUGUUCAAGGUGCAAAGAGAUUGGACAUAACUGCACAACUUGUCCUUAUCCAGUUAUCUACAAGACUAAAUUAUGACAGAAUCUUUUGAUUUGAAUCGAUCCGAGUCCGAGUCUGAUAACAGCACCAACGUUAUUCCUACUUUUGCAAUUGAUAACUCUUCUCAAGGAUACAGAAGAGUGAGUGGUCCAACCCGAAGAUCAACUAAAGGAGGAUGGACAUCCGAAGAGGACAAACUUUUGACUAAGGCUGUGCAAAUGUACGAGGAGAAGAACUGGAAAAAAAUGGAAGAUGAUCUCUUAAGUGAAUUGGUUAAGGAAUAUAUGGAGAACGAUAAGCCUCAAUGGUCAAAAAUUGCAAAACAACUCCCAGGUCGCAUCGGCAAGCAAUGUCGUGAAAGGUGGCAUAAUCAUUUAAAUCCGACUAUUAAAAGAACUCCAUGGACUAGAGAAGAGGAAUUAAUCCUCGUUCAAGCGCAAAGAGAACAUGGCAAUAAGUGGGCAGAGAUUGCCAAGCUCUUGUCUGGAAGGACAGAGAAUAAUAUUAAGAACCACUGGAACUGCUCAGUUAAGAAGAGAUUGAAACAGUUUUCUAGUAACCUUUUCUCUGGUGUCAUCAAUAGUUGUAUACAUGAAUACAACUUUUUCAAUCAAAGCAACACGAUGGCCGAAAGCUGCGUAACAUUUCAAAUCAAGGAAGCUGAAAAGUGUCCUCAAAGGGAUUCCUUGGAUUUAACUUUAGGACCUAUGAAUUGGAGGAACACGCCUUCAUCCACAAGUUCUCUUAGAGGAGAAGAAUCCGUCUCAUCAUCAGUAGAAUCAGAUUGGUCAAGACUCAAUGUUUCAGAGAGUGUAGAAACUCCACAGAGCAGCAACAACGAUAAUGUGUACGUAAAGGAAGUGAAGGAGAUGAAAGAGAGACUGAGGAUAGCUGCGAGUACUUUCAACACACCCUCCAUUAUCUCCAAAAGAAGCUCACCAGCUUCAGGUUUGAAACGGCUCAGACAAAAAGACGACACGCCGUUUCAAAUAGAUGCUCGAAGUCACAUCGUGCUAAGCAAUAGAAUGACUCGUAAAAUCCAAAUCACGGCCAUAUCGGCGGAAGAUCUUGUCGACGGUAGAAAACCGGUGGAUAAGAACGCCUUCGUAGCCUUCAACAUGGCCGGGAAUUACUGGAAACAGCCAAUGAGAACGAGUCUAGACGAGGUCGGUGGGAAUCAUCCGAUGUGGGAGGACAAGCUAGAGACGGAGUUUUCGUCGGAGAAAGAACCGACAAGCGUGAUGUACGUGCAGGUUUAUUGCCGGAGUUCAGGGAAGGAUAAGCACGUGGGAACGGCACGUGUGCCGGUAAAGGAAUUUACGGGAGAAUAUGCGCCGGAGGGAUUUAUGCACUGUCUGAGUUACAGAUUGUGGGACGAACAAGGCCGAAGAAACGGGAUUGUCAAUUUCUCCGUUAGGAUUCUGCCAAACAAAUCUGAUACUACUAAAUCCGACGAAGAAAUGAAUCCUCAAACCGAUAAAGUGGUGAGAAGAACGACGAUGGUGGCGACUGCUGUUGCUUCCUACUUUCUCUUAACUGGCGAUUACGGUCCCGAACCCAACGUUCUUGAUCCCAUCAAAAGGAAGAUAUUAUCAGCACAAGAUUCUGUCAAGCAAUUCAUCUUUGGACCAAAGGGAGGGCCAUCUGGGAAAGAACAAUCUGACACUGCUAAAUGAAACAUGUAGCUAGAAAAUCUAUGUCAAUUAAUCUACUUUUGUGUGAUCAACAACAAAGGUGAAUGUAACCCUUUACUUUGACUUUUUUUCCAAGUCUUAAUCUCUUCCAUACUAGUUGCACAAUCAAAGAUCAUGUUUUGA